CGCGCAGGAGGAGUGCGGUCUGCGGAAGGACACUGGAACUGCUUUGGAAAUGGAAAAAAAUGUGACUGUGCAGCAGAUGUCAACCUGAACUUUGGUGUGUGUCCUCAUUUUUUCCAGCAUGUAAUCCCAGUGUUUUAAGAUGUGUCUUAAUCGCAUGUUUGAUCUUCUUGUGGCGAGCUGAGAAACACUUCUUCCCAGCGUUCAGUGAGUUGUUCCUAAGCGCUAAGGCAUCGCCGUGAUUCCAGCACGUGUCCAUCCACGUUGACUCAGAGCAUCAAGGGGACAAUCUGUCAGGAGAAAUGAACUGGUUACGUGGCUCAAAGGGUGACAAACUGACCAAGAGCUUGGAUCACAAAGAUCAGAAUUAUACAGCCAGCUCUGACUCCUCAGCAGGUGAAAAUACUUCUAGUAGGACCACUGACCCAAAACAGCAAAAAUGUCCAGCAGAUAACCUGGUGAAACAUGGAGAUGUCUCCGUGGGGGAUGAAAGGAAUACAGACCAGGAGAGGAAGGAAAUAUCCAAAGACUUCGGACCAGAACAGAAAAAAGGAAAAAAAGCCAGAAAUCCAUUCUUGCCACGCAGAGAACAUCUGAGUAAACCAGGGCAGCAGGAGACAGAAAAUCGACCAACAUGCUCACAUAGUGAGCAGGCAGUCAUGUCAGAGAGAAAUGAUGAAACAGAGGUGUCACAGGUAAAAGAUGAGAUAAAGGAACACGAACAUCAGGAGCCAGAAGAGGACAUUGAUGGACUAUUAGAGUGGUGGAACACUGUAGAACAUUGGGAGGACGUGCCUGUACAUGCAGACUUGUCUGAGAAAGAAGAGGCUAAGUCAUUUGUAGUGACUGCAGAGAAAGUGCGAAAGGGGAUUCGUGUCUUCAACAAGCUGUUCAAUGAGGAAGCAGAGGGCCUUUGGCAGCAUAUCAUGGACCUCUAUGCCAUUGCCGAUGGCAUUGACCGCGUUAACAAAAAAGCCAAGAUUGCCUCCAUCACAGGAGGCUCCACCAGUGCUGUGGGAGGGGUUGCCACCAUCGCAGGCCUGGCUCUUGCUCCUGUCACUAUGGGAACUUCUCUGAUUGUUACUGCCGUGGGUCUGGGUGUGACAACAGCUGGGGGCCUCACAUCUGCAUCAGCUGGAAUCUCCAACACCAUCAGCAACUCCCUGGAUCGCAAGAAGGUGGAGCAGAUAGUGGAGGACUACCAGGCCAAGAUAUCCAACAUCAGCAAGUGUCUGAAGUUCAUAAAGCAGGGAAUUGAGAACUUGGGCAAGUACAAUGUGGUGAAGAUGAAGAAACGUGGCUACAAUCAGGACUUCCCUGAGCUGAACAGCAUUUAUGACGACAGUGCCAUGGCUGGAAAGGCCAUUGUCUGUAACGCAGCAGAGAUCAUGCGCGUUGUUCAUAUUUCCAGCGUAGCAGGCAGCACUGCAGCACGGGCGGUCCAGAUAGCCAGCAUGGCCUCAGGAGUGGUCACUGGGCUCUUUGUUGGCAUGGACAUUUAUUUUGUGGCCAAAGACUCACAUGAGCUGAGGAAAGGAGCCAAGUCUGAGUUUGCUGCUAAAAUCCGAGAAGUAGCUGACCAGUUGCACAGCGGACUUGUGGAACUGAACAGUAUUCGACAAGAGUUGCAGGAAGCCAGGAUUUAGUGUCCAGUUGUUUCUGCUGCAUCACUACACAGGUGGAAUCGGUAAAGGGGAAUCUUUUUUUUAAAACCACUGAUGUAUGUCACAUUGGAACAAAAUAGUACAGUAAUUGUUACUCUUAAGUUAAACUCUGAUUUGACUACAUUCCUAAGGAGAAUUUAAACAGGACCAUUUAGUGGGGACAUUGAUCUGAUCCAUGUCUUUGAUGAAAAGUGUUGACUGAUUUGUCAAAAUGAGAUUUAUUGGUGGCUUGGAAAAGUAUGUUAGUGUACUUUCAGAUGCAAAGUAUGUACAGUACAAUGAAGAGGCAGAAAUGUGCAGUGGACUUAAGAAUCUUAGCCCUUUUUCUGAACUUUCAGAACCCUAUAUCUAGUUGAAUUACACAAAGUGUUAAUUUUACAUGACACUUCAGCAAAACAAGUUCUUCACUGUGUUCAGACUAUCACAAGGACUGCAACAGCAAUCACUGACAUCAACACAUGGACAUCAUAUGACAACAAAGCAAGCCCUUCUUUGGGUAAAACUUGAUGUUUUUUUGUUGCUGUAUGAAUUACUGUGGGGUUUUUUUUUUCUCUCCAAUGUUUCCUCCUAUGCUUUAGGCUGCUGAAGUUCCAGCUUUAAAAUCUAAUCAUAAAUAUGUUUAUAAGCUAGGAAUGGUUUCUGAAUCCUCUUUAGCUGUUAAAGAAAGGGUGACUUUCUUGAAAAGGUUUUCAUUCUUUUUUUCUGUUUUUAUAAAUAGUGCUGAUUUAACCAGUUUGCAGCAAAUAUAAGCUGACUACUUUUACAUUCCUUGUGACACCUCUUGCAGUUUUUUUUUUCAAAUUUUGAAUAGUACAUUUAUCUGCCUAAUAAAGUAGGCAUUAGGAAAGCUAAGCUGGGGUCAGGACAAGAGGUGGUGCACAUACAGACACACACACAUUUUCAGAACCGCUUGUCCCAUAUGGGGUCGCGGGGAACCGGAGCCUACCCGGUAACACAGGGCGUAAGGGACACACCAAGGACGGGACGCCAGUCCGUCGCAAGGCACCCCAAGCGGGACUCGAACCCCAGACCCACUGGAGAGCAGGACUGUGGUCCAACCCACUGUGCCACCGCACCCCCUCCACAUACAGACACUUGUUCUACAAAUGGUUUUGCAUCAAAAAUGUAUAGAACUUGUCAUGAGAAUAAGGCACACCAAGUUGAAAUUGAAUUACUUCAUUGACCCCCCCCCCCAAGGAAAUUGCACAAUGAUACCUUAUCAGCAUGGAGAACACUGUGGGUCCUGCAGCAGGAUUGUGACCCAUGUCCCCAUUUCCCGCAAUAGCACUGGUCCCAAUCCCUGCUCAUCUCUUAUGUUUAGCUACGGCUGCUGAUCAGUGCCCACAAUCGCUGCUACUAAUCAGAGGUAAAAGCUUCACAGCAUUCCUGACUGUUGGAGGAAAAUGUAUAUUGUAACGACCCGCGUUACUGUGUUUGAACGGGAGAUGUGUUUUUUGUAAUCAGUCUACCAGGGGGGAGAAAGAAGAGAAAGCCUGGUGGCGCUAAGCAGGCUGGAAAGGCUGGUU